UGUUGUCUAAAAAACACAAAGUUCCCACUUGGUUUGUAAACUUGAUGACAUUAACGGCUGAAAACUGCUGGGUCAUUCCAUGUCAAAUUGUCAUACUUUCGGACCUCACCGUUACGGAUUUUAAUGAAACUUGGCAGCUGAUUUGGUUACAUGAGAAACUCAUGAAACUGAAAUGGGGCGAGUCUUGGAUCAAUAUUGAGGGAGAUUCAAGUGAACAAAGCUUUUUGAGGGGUGGCUAUGACUGACUGGCUAUGUUUACCUCAAUGUAAGCUGCACAGAAGUAGCCCUUAUACUGUUUUACAGCUAUUGUCCAGCUCCAUAGAUUGAAUAAAUAGUAUGCCAUCCCAAUUUGAAUAAUUACUAUGUAAUAACUGAUUAAAUAUUAAAAAUUCAAUAACAAAAAUAACUAUAUUUCAAAAUUGGUCAAUUCAGAAUAUUCCGUCUUUUUGUAACCCGAAACAGGUAAAAAUAAAUCUGACUGGAGUUUCUCCGUGGGCCCCCAGUGAAUCUGCUUUCUCACUGCCUGCCCCUGAAAAUCACGGAACACUGUUAUCCAUUUGCCUUGAACUCUUUGAGAGAGGGUGAAAAAUGAGCAACUGUAGUUACAACAUAACCGAAGGUGUUGAAAAAGCAUAUUUGACCAUCACUAUUCCGACGUUCAUCUUUGGACUUCUGGGUAAUAUGGCUUUCCUGAUAGCAUUGUGCUGUAAGGGAAAAGAGGCUUUAAGCUACAUGAUGAUCUACAUCGGGAACAUGACUCUUGCAGAUGGGAUUAUCCUCUUUACGCUGCCAUUCAGAAUGUAUUUCUUAAGGAAGACUUGGGCAUUUGAUAUGGAAUCUUGUUUAGUUGUGGUCUCUUCCUCCUUUGUCAACAUGUAUGUUAGCAUCUACACUGCUACUGCUAUAUGCCUUGUGCGAUAUAUUGCCAUAAAGUACCCAUUCCGAGCGAGAGAGAUCAUGUCACCGUGUAAAGCUGUGGUUGCGUGUGUAUUAAUAUGGCUGCUUGUUUGCUCACUGAGUGCAUUAUUCCACAGAGUAGAUGCACUCCCUGCGAAUUUCACCAAAUUGAAAUGCUUUCAGCAACUCGGUAACAAGCCUUUACCGCUCAGCUUUAUUCUGGUUUUGGAUAUCUUAGGUUUCCUCCUACCUCUGCUCUGUAUGGUGUUUUGCUCUAUUAAAAUUGUCAGAUGUUUAUCUAAAAGGGUUGAAGGAGACUCUGGAAAUGAGAAGACUCAGUGCAUUCGCAUUAUCAUCACCAAUUUGAUCGUCUUUAUAGUCAGCUUUGCGCCUUUUCAUUUUGGGUUCCUGUUGAAGUACAUCGUGCAGACUGUCAGCCCCCAAAAGUGCAACCUUUUGGAAUCUGUGCACAAUUUUGUUCACAUAAGUAUUGCCAUCUCACACACUAACUGCUGUCUGGAUAUUUUUACCUAUUACUUUUUUAUCAAAGGCUUCAGGAAGAAUGUAUCACUAUCUAGCCUUGUAAGAAGACUGACGUGGUUUAAAAGAAAUUCAGUGAUAUAAAAACAGCUUUGUGCUGGUCAUGAAGCCAGUGAAACUGCAAGGGCACAGUGAAGGAUGUGAAAAUCGCCAGGGCUAACCCCAUUUUUCAGCAGUGAAACUGAGACAGAACCGUUUUUUUAAUUUAACAACAACAACAGUGAUGUGACUGCUAUCCUCUAAACUUCUGUCACUGAAGAGGCAAAAGUUUACAAGUAGAAUCAGAAGGAUUAUUAGAAAACCCACUAUUUCAACUUUCAUUGAUUGGGAAUCAUCAGAAUUGUGCCAAUUUUUGCUUUUCAUACUGCAUAUAUAGUUCAUACAGCACGGUUUUUACUAGAUAGUCAACAUUAUUCGCUUCACGUGGGGUGGUCACAAUGUUUUGGUAUUUGUGUGUGUGCGCUAUAUACACACAUACAGUACUAAACAAGUAUGGAUAUGCCAAGCCGCCUACAAAGGAGACUGAUAGUGUCGCAUCACAUGACCUGACCACCUGACUCAAAUACAGCACAAAUGGUUUUGGAGGAGUUUGACCAGAGAGUGAAGGAAGUGGCCAGUGAGAGUUCAGGACAUACGGGACCUCCUUCAGGACACCUGGAAAGGCAUCCCAGGAGGCCACCUCAUGGAACUGGCAUGGCGAGUCAGUAGGGGCAGCCAGUUUCUGGAGAAACUGGGAUUAAGGGCCUUGCUCAAAGGCCCAAUGGAGGAGUCACUUUGUUUAAUACUUUUUCUGGUCCUUGCAUAAUUCCAUAUGUUGUUUUAUAGUUUUCAUGUGUAUUAUAAAAUGUAGAAAACAGUACAAAUAACCCUUACUGUAGGUAGGUGUGCCCGAACUUUUGACUGCUACUGUACACAUAGCUAUAGUUUUGUCAGAUAUCUAAACAUAUUCUAAAGUCUUCAUUUACAUGCAUGUAUCUCCAUGUACACAAAUCUUUGCAAUUCCCCCCCCCCCUUGUCUGUGUCUGUAUGCCUGUGUAUUUGUUCCAUCAAAACUUUCAGGACAUGCAUUAAUCAUUAAACAACCUUUAAAGUAA